UUUCCUGCUCCGGAGCAGCCAAUAGGGUCUACUCUUAUAUUAUGUCUAUGCUCUUGAACGCACUGCCGAAAGGAACUCUGGGAAAGAGACAACAUGGCGCGAUGUUCAAAUUCUCCAAAUAAUUUUGAACUGAUGUCAGUUUGAGUUUUAUCCGCAGUCCGCCAUGAACGGUGGCCGAAGGCGGCUGGAGCUUCCGGCUGCAGAGGAGCCGCUGGCGGCGGCCGGACCUCCUAGGAGGAACCGGCUGAGCCGCAGCUUCAGACAGAGCCAGACGGGAGCGGCGGCGGUCCUGGAAUCCACCCGGAACCGAAGAGAACCAGAAUUCAAGACUCCCACCAGAAUCUCCAGAACUAAACCCAGUUCGGUUCCGGUUCCGGGCCCGGACUCCCCGCACAACGACCCGGAUCUCCAGCAGGACAUCGUCUGGGACGCCGCGUCCCCGUCGCCCCGCCGAACCGGAACAAGAGGAAAAAAGGCCGCCGCUGGAGGCGCCGUGAACAUCUCAGAGAUCGUCAGCAGAAUCGCUCCAAAGCACGGCCGGCCGCGGGUCACAGAACCGGCGCUGCAGCAGUGGAUCGGAGACAGCGCCGCCAUUUCCUGCACCCCGGACCCACAGGGCCCGCGGGCCAAGAGGCGCUCUCCCAGAGCGACCGGAGUGGAGAAUCUGCUGCGACUCGCCAGGCAGCUGGACCAGAACCUGUUCCAGAACCAGAACCUGGAGGAGGUUCUGACCGAGGAAGGUCAGGGCCUGGGUUCUUUUGGACUGGAACCACAGCCGGACCCAGACUUCCUGCAGGACGACCUGGACUUCCUGUUUGAUGGUCCGACCCAGACACUGAGCAGAACCCUGAGUCGAGGUCCAACUCAGAACCGACCCAGUUCAGCGUCCCUGUGUGGUUCUGGUCCAGCCGGCUCCGGGACGCGCAGCGGACCCGGUUCGGUUCAGAACCAGUUAGAGGACGACUGGGAGAACGACGACCUGCUUAACGACUUGCUGGUUCUGGAGAUGACCCAGAACCCGGACCACUUCCUGGUUCCGAAGCUCUGCUCCACCCAGAACCCGGCUGGUUCUGGUCAGAGUUGGGUCGCUCCGUCAGUCGGAACCAGAACUGAGAAAGAGAACCUGGGCCCAGCCUGGAACCCUGACUGGAGUUCUGGUUCCGGAAAGUGGGCCCAAACGAGACCAGAACAGAACCGGUUCUGUUCCGUCUCCAGAGCUCCAGAACCGGGUCAGAUGUGCAGCUUGGAACCAGAAUCCCAGUGGUUCUGGAGCAACCCAACGAGCUGGCCCGUUUCUGACAUACAGCCCGGUUCUGUCGGGCUGGACGUCCUUGGCGAUCUGGACUCUCUGUUCCGGUCGGAACCAGUCUGGGACGGCCCGGCUGACGACCUGCUGUGUGAGAUAUGUGAAGACCUGGAGAACCGGAUCCGACCGGACCUGACCGGACCAGCUGGAUGCUCAUUGGCCGCCGCUUCGGUGAAGCAGCCAAUCGGCUUCCAGCUGCCUCCGCCUGCUGUCGUGUUCAGGAACCGAACCGGGUCAGAACCGUCUGCAGCGCCGCGACAAAAAGACGCCCAGCACUUCACCUUCAGGAGGCCCGGGGACCUGGUAACCAUGGCAACGGGGAAAGGAAAAUGUUCGGCCGCUGAAAUAGAGCUAAAGAAGCAGCAGGCGCUGGAGAGGCGGCGGCGGCGGCGGCUGGCCCCGACCGGAACCGGCUGACCCAGACUGACCCAGAACCAGUUUAUUAAAACGGCGAUGAUGCGUUCAGGAACCGCAGGACAAGCCGCAGCAGGACUUUCUGUCGGUUCUGUUUGUUUCGGUUCUGAAAUGGACAUUAUGGAAAUUCCUUAAAUGUUUUCCAAGUUUCA